CCCCGACUGAUAGCGAGCGAGAGUCGGUGCGGGGGCGGCAGCAUUGCACUAACCUGUGGCCCGCCAUGGAGUCGAGUUCGGGAGAAAAGUUCUCGUUGGUCGUCGUCGUCUACCUCGCCUACCUGCUCGACAAUGUGCUUCUCACCGUUGUCGUGCCAAUCAUACCGGACUACCUGUAUUCGAUUGACUCGGUCAAAGGCGAAAACCUCCUUCUGCCUGUCGUGGCGGAGAACUCGAAAGUGGCCCUUUUGCUGUCGUCCAAGGCGCUGAUUCAGCUGUUCGCCAAUCCUGCUCUCGGAUUUGUCAUUAGCCGCAUCGGAUAUCAAAUUCCGCUCCUCUUCGGCACACUUUUCCUCUUCAUCGUUUCUCUCGUGUUUGCAAUGGCUGACGACUACCUGUGGCUUUUCAUCGCGAGGAGCAUGCACGGAAUCGCGUCCGCAAGCAUUUCUGUGUCAGGUAUGUGCGGAAUCGCCGAAAACUUUGUCGAAGAAAAGGAACGGAGCAAAAUGAUGGGUCUGGUGUUGGGGAGCAUGGCACUCGGCGUGCUCUUAGGCUAUCCCCUGGGCGCCGUUCUCUACGACCUGUUGGCCAGGAAGUCAGCCCCUUUCUUCCUGAUCGCUUUCCUGGUCGCAAUUUGUUUCGUUUUGCAGUGCCGACGGCUUGAGCUCUCCUGUCGAAACUUCAAGGCUUGCAUUGAGGCGACCUGGUACCAAUUUCGUUCUGCAAACUACGAUGACGAGGAGGAGGAGGGGGACGAGGAGUUUGGUUUUCUGCAAAUCCUCCGCCAGAGAAACAUCAUGCUGUCGGCGGGCGCCAUUCUCAUCAGCACCUCGGCCAUGGCCGUUUUAGAGCCCUGUCUGCCCCUCUGGCUUAUGGAGACGAUGAAGCCAAAGAAGUGGCAGCUGGGAACGGUGUUCAUCCCGGACAGCCUCGGAUAUUUGUUUGGCACAAAUUUUUUCGGGCCGCUCGCCUACAAGUUCGGAUUCGGGUUUUUGGCCUUGGCGGCCAUGCUGCUCGUCGGGGUUUGCGCCUUCAUGGUGUCUUUCGCCAGGAGUGUCCUCGAACUGUUGAUCCCGCAUUUCGGGCUCGGUUUGGGCAUCGGAGUCGUCGACGCGACCAUGGUUCCCCUGAUGGCCCAGUUUGUAGACCAGUCCACUUCGACCAAGGCUCAGUAUGGGCCGGUUUACGCUUUGCAACAGGCUGCCGUCAGCCUCGCCUACUUCUUAGGACCGAUUGUCGGAAGUCUCGGAGUGGACUAUGUUGGCUUUCCGGUGCUGAUGGGCCUCAUCGGGACGGCAAACCUGUGCUACUGCUUCUUCCUGCCCACCUUAGGAAUGAGCAACAACUCCGCAAAAUAUCAGAAUCAAAUCCUUAACUAGUGGAGAGUUGAAGGGCUUUCCAUAAUAUACAACUAUAUGAUAAAAUAAUGCUGCAUGUGACAGUUUCAAUAAAAAAAAUAAAAAUUCUCUCAAAUUAAGCAUUUCUACUCUGUACAAACGCAUAUCAUGUAAUUGUUCAA